AAAGAAGAAAGUUUUAGUUCAAGUUUUUACAAAGAAGUAAUUGAUUUAACAAUCGAUUCUUCUUCAAAAAGCGAUUUUCCAACUAUUGAAUUAGAUGACCUGGGAAUUAAUAUAAUGAAUAUAGAGGAUAUUCGAUCAAUUGAAAAUACUACGGAUGAUGAAACUAUUCCAAUUAAAUAUCCAGCAACUUCCAAUGAAGGAGUUGCUUAUGUUUUUAAUAUAAAACCAUCUGAUCCAAUUGCUCCAUUUAAUGAUAUCCAAUACUCAAUGGAAGGUGGUGGGGGUUCCAACAAAAUCAAUUGCCCCUAUCUUAAUUGUUGUGUAAAAAAAGUUGUUCGCAAAUGUACUGGUGUUAAAAUUUGUGAAUAUACUGAAAAUGAACUUAGAAAUUCAUCACAUUGUGAGGUUGAUGAAAAUAAAGACUUUUUUAUGAUAAAUCAACCUAGAAGAAAAAAUGACAACGAUCCUGUAAUAAAAUUUAUAGGAUGUUCAAAAUGGAAUCCUUAUGAAAAACAUAUAUUUCAUAUAUUAAAUAAAAAUCAAAUUGAUAUUAAUUUACUUGAAAAACUUUUUCAAGGAAAAGAGAAUAUUAAAAAUCAAAUUUUACAAACUUGCAAAACUGUUCUAUCAACAUCAUCACGCUUACAAUAUUGUA